GUCGCCCUCAUUAGUUUCGCUAUACUUGGUGGGUGUAUCCUUACCUGCUUAUUCCACUAAUUCUGGAGAAAAAAAUGGUCCUAUACUAUCACGACAGUACAACCCCAACUGAUUUGCUGACGCAUUCGAAGAGUUCACCCGCAGGGGCUGAUCGAAUACACUCUCGGAGUAGGUCAAGUGAUCUAGAUGUCGGGUUAGAAAUCCGACUUGCCCUUGAACGGUCCCUCCAUCGAAAUAUGAAGUUCAAACUCCAUCGGGUACGAAGAGAACUUAGACAACGAACAAGGCGCGCUCUCGACGGUUUGGACAACGCCAGUUGGAACAGACCUUUGGUUCAGAGCAACAAUGCAAUGAACGUGGGUCCCCGUGGUAACAGUUGGACAUAUCCUGAAUCGCAAAUCAGACCGUCGCACUUAUCAACAUUGUAUAACACGAUGGCCUGUCAGGGCAACCCGCAAACCAAGGAGCUUGGCAUUACAUCUGAACCGGCUCUGACCGAUCGAUUUCAGCUGACAACAUUACAUAGAACACAGAAAUCCCUGCAACUUCUUUCUUUCGAUUCACUCAGCCCAGAAGUUUAUAUGGCCCAAAUGUCAGGCCGCAUUUCUCCAUCAUUUGAUGUGACUUCCAGACCGGUUUUCCACCUUCCCAGCUCGCCCAGUCCACAUUAUCACAGCGACCAUUCCGAAUCCUCGUAUUGGAGUCACGAUAAUUCUCUUGAAUCCUGGGGUCAUGGCAAUUCUAUCCCUUCCACGAAUCUCCCGAGUAAACAAGUCUUAGCCUACAUGAAUCCGUUCUCAGCAUUAUCUUCUUCUUCCUCUUCGGGUAGCCUUGACAGCUGCUGCUCCACUUCUUCCGAAUCCUUCCCGCCGCUCGAUAGACUAUCGUGGCCGGCAAAUAACUCAUUUCCAGCGAAAACGGACGCUCCUACGACCCGUGCGAAAACUCACAGAUGUGAAUUUGAAGGAUGCAAAAAGGCCUACUUCAAAAGUUCCCACCUGAAAGCGCAUAUACGUGUCCAUACAGGCGAACGACCCUAUGUCUGUGACUGGCCACUAUGUGGUCGACGUUUCGCACGGUCAGAUGAAUUGUCAAGGCAUCGUCGUGCACAUACCGGAGAGCGAAAUUUCAUAUGUCCAAGGUGCCCGCGACGAUUUAGCCGCAGUGACCACCUGACGAAACACCUUCGGCGACACACCGUUCCUUAUACGGAUAUUCCUAAUGCGGACGUACCACAUAAUCCUGCCAACUGUGCGGUCUAACUUCUUCCGCUCACGUUCUGCAUACCUGUCCAUAACAUGUCCUGUGAUACAACAUCGGGGGAGCAGCAUCUGUUCCUUCGUUGAUCGGUUGAUAAUUUUUGUCUAUCCGGCUUGAAUGUACACAGUUUUCUUUACACACUCAAACUACAUAGCAGAUCGAGCACCGGCACAUACGUCUUCGAACCUGUUUGAUGUAACCCGAUUACUGUCCUCGGGAAAAGUUCUCUAAUACUUUCAUUCGUUUGCCCGUGUUGGAUAUGUGCCAAACAGUUUCAAUCUUUCAUUUUAUGGUGAACCGUCGAGAUUUUUUUGAUUUCUAUCAUUACAAAUGUUGCUACUUGAACGAUGGUUUUGGGACUGAUCAGACAAGGUUGUUUGUAUGAAAGUGACACCAUAUCAGACGUAGCUGUUUACGUCACCAUAUGCUUCAUUUGAAACAGUUUGUCCGUAAAAUGUGCGAGACUGCUACAUAACGGUUUACGCGUAACACGUGGUCGUUCUUUGUACGGAUGCAAUUGAUCUUUGGUUGUUAGGUAUUCUAUCGAGGAAAACGUUG